UACAAAUAUAGAUGCACCAUUGUUAUUUAGAGAAGAUGAAGAACAAGCUGCUCGAUUAAUCCAAAUGAACAAAGGGAAAGAGGCGGAACAAACAAAGUUGUCCUGCACUAGUUUUGGGUCUAAGUGUUCUAUCAGUCUUGGGCCUCAUCAUACAAGCCCAAUAAAUGAAUAUUCAGAUAUCCAAGUGCAAAGCCCGAAUGAAAAUAAACAUUUCCAGAAAUCAUUUUCAGUUUUGCCAGCUGGAGAGAUAAAAUUUCCUCCAAAUUUCAUGACAUAGCAGUGACCAGAAAUAAGUGUACAACUGUAUAGUUUGUUACAUUAGGGAACAAAAUAGAUAGUGGACAACAAAUAGAUAGUGGACAAGUGUAGGUUCAUAAUUGGUUUUCAUAUUCUUACAUUGUUGGGGCAUACUCUACAUACUUGUAUAUAAACAGAUAUAGAUGAAUGAAGAAAGUAAGCAGAAAAUUUUCCAAAUCUGUCUUCAUUUUUAUUAUAUUUUCUUCAUGGUAUCAGAGCAGCAGUAAGAUCCAAAUCUUUUCUUUAUUUUCUCCCUUCAAUCCAAAUGGAAAAUACAUCACAAUCAUCUGAGGGAAACUCUUCUUCAUCUGCAGUUAUGGAUUCUAGCAGUCCAUAUUAUCUUCAUCUCUCAGAUUCCCCAGGGAUGAAUAUUGUGAAUUUCGUUUUUGAUGGAACUGGUUUUGCUGCGUGGAGAAGGUCCAUCAUUAUUUCUCUAUCAGCUAAGAACAAGAUGAGUUUUAUUGAUGGUUCUGCUGAAAUACCAUCUGCUGAUACACCUGAGUUCAAGCUUUGGACUAGGUGCAAUAACAUGGUGAUUUCUUGGUUGCUUAACUCCCUUUCAAAAGAAAUUGCAGAGAGUGUGAUAUACUCAAAAUCUGCUAAAGAUCUCUGGACUGACCUUCAUGACAGGUUUGGUCAGUCCAAUGGAGCUCAACUCUAUCAUCUUCAAAAAAGCCUCACAGAUCUGGUGCAAGGAACAGCUGAUGUAGCAGGGUAUUUCACAAGAAUCAAGAGGAUUUGGGAUGAGCUGGAUGCUCUCUCCAGCGAAGAAAUAUGUUUUUGCAACUGCACCUGUGGAGGAAAGAAGAAAGUAGUCAAAUCCAAGCAGGACGAAAGAUUGAUCCAAUUUCUAAAGGGACUUAAUGAUGUUUAUGCAGCAGUAAGAAGCAACAUACUCAUGAUGUCACCUCUCCCUAAUGUGAAUCAUGCCUACUCUCUCCUCAUUCAAGAUGAGAAACAGAGAGAGGCAUAUGUUAAUCCUAACUUUCCAGGUGACACAUCUUCAUUUCUUGCAACACAUCAGAAUUUCUCAGGUCAGAGGUACAACAAUACUGAUUUUAGAGCAAGAAAGAAUAACAACAAUAACUACAACAGCAAUCUGUUUUGCACAAAUUGUAAGAAAUCAGGGCACUCAAUUGCAAAAUGCUACAGAAUAAUAGGUUAUCCACCUGAUUUUAAGUUCACCAAGGGGUCAAAAUCACAACCAAACAACAAAGGGAACUCUAUGGGUAAUGCAGUGACAACAGUUGGAUAUUCAGGUUACACAACAAAUGGGAAACAAGCAAAUGGAUCUGUUGCUCAGGAGAACUAUGGUCAUUUGGAAGAAGAGUUUCAGAAUGCACAGAUUGGAGAUGUGCCAUUUGCAGGAAGUGAGGUUUCAGCUAACAUGGUGCACUGUUUUGCUGGGCCAUUCAAUGAGGACCCCUCUGGUUAUUGGUGAAGCAAAGGAUGGGAUCUAUAUCAUGAACACUACUUCAAGUCUACAAAGUCCUGUCAAGUCUAGUUCUAAAUCUGAUGUUUUACUCUAUAGUUGUAGUUCUUUUCCUAGUUCUUUUUCUAUUCCAGUAAACAAUAGGGAUGAUGUAAAAUUAUGGCACAUUAGAUUGGGACACAUGCCUUUUGAUUCAAUGAAAAACAUCAGUUCCUCUUC